GGAAGAAACAGUCCCGUAAUGAUGCUGCCUCAAAACUCUUGGCAUAUUGAUUUCGGAAGCUGCUGUUGGCAUCAGAAUGUUUUCUCUGCCGUGGUAAUUUGCGUCUUGCUCCUGAAUUCCUGCUCUCUCAUCAGCAGUUUUAAUGAAACAGAUUUGGAGUUGAGGCUUGUUGAUGGAGACAGUCCCUGCUCUGGGAGAGUGGAGGUGAAAUUCCAGGGAGAGUGGGGAACUGUGUGUGAUGAUGGGUGGAACACUACUGCCUCGAUUGUCGUGUGCAAACACCUCGGAUGUCCAUUUUAUUUCACCACAUUUGGUUAUGCCAUGCCUGCAUAUGGAAAAAUUUGGCUUGAUGAUGUUUCCUGUCAUGGAAAUGAGUCAUCUCUCUGGGAAUGUCAACACAGGGAAUGGGGAAGCAGUAACUGUGAUCAUAGAGAAGAUGUUGCUGUGACCUGUUAUGGUAAGAGUCUAACUAGAGUAAGAAGGCAAGCGAAACCAAUGUGAGUCUGAGGACUGGCGGAUGGAAGCAGCUCCUGUUCAGGGAGAGUGGAGGUGAAAUUCCAAGAAAGGUGGGGGACUAUAUGUGAUGAUGGAUGGAACGUGAAGACUGCUGCCGUGGUGUGCAGGCAACUAGGAUGUCCCUCUUCUUUUAUUUCUUUUGGACUUGUUAGUAGCUCUGCUACCUUUAGACCCAUUUGGCUGGAUGACAUUUUAUGCCAGGGGAAUGAGUCAGCACUCUGGGAUUGUAGACAUCGUGGAUGGGGAAAUCAUGACUGCAGUCACAAUGAGGAUGUCACAUUAACUUGUUAUGAUAGCAAUGAUCUUGAACUAAGGCUUGUAGGUGGACCCAACCGCUGUGUGGGGAGAGUAGAGCUGAAGGUCCAAGGAAGGUGGGGGACCAUAUGCCACCAUAAGUGGGACAGGGCUGCAGCCGAUGUCGUAUGCAAGCAGUUGGGAUGUGGAGCUGCACUUCAUUUCGCUGGCUUGCCUCAUUUGGAGCCAGGGUCUGAUGUGAUAUGGCUUGAUGGUGUCUCCUGCUCCGGUAAUGAAUCUUUCCUUUGGGACUGCGGACAUUCCGGAACCGUAAAUGUUCACUGUAUUCAUCAUAACGAUGUGUCUGUGAUCUGCUCAGAUGGAGCAAAUUUGGAUCUGCGACUGGCAGAUGGAAAUGACAAUUGUUCAGGGAGAGUAGAGGUGAGAAUCCAUGAACAGUGGUGGACAAUAUGUGACCUGAACUGGAAGAAUGAACAAGCCCUCGUGGUUUGUAAACAGCUAGGAUGUCCGGUUACUGUCUUUGGCAGUCAUCAUGCUAAACCUCGUAACGAAGCUAAAGGCAUUUGGAUAAACAGCAUAUCUUGCACUGGAAAUGAGUCCGCUCUCUGGGACUGUAUAUAUGAUGGAAGACCAAGGCAAACAUGCCUCCGAAGAUCAGAUGCUGGAGUAAUUUGUUCUGAUAAGUCAGAUCUGGACCUAAGGCUUGUGGGGAAUGAUAGUCCCUGUUAUGGGAGAUUAGAGGUGAAAUACCAAGGAGAGUGGGGAACUGUGUGUCAUGACCUAUGGAGCACAAAGAAUGCAGCUGUUGUGUGUAAACAAUUGGGAUGCGGACAGCCUAUCCGUAUGGUAGGUGUGGGCUAUUUCAGAGCAGCAUACGGACCUAUCUGGCUGGAUGAUGUUUCUUGCAUCGGAAAUGAGUCAAACAUCUGGGACUGUAAACACCGUGGAUGGGGAAAGCAUAAUUGUGUACACAGAGAGGAUGUGAUUGUAGCCUGCUCAGGUAAUGAUACGUGGGGCCUGAGGCUGGUGGGCGGCAGCACCCGCUGCUCAGGAAGACUGGAGGUGUACUUUCAAAGCCGGUGGGGCACAGUGUGUGAUGACGGUUGGGACCAUAACGCUGCGGCUGUGGUGUGUAGCCAGCUGGACUGUCCAUCUGCUGUCAUCGGCCUGGGUCUGGGAAACGUUUCUGCAGGAUAUGGAAGAAUUUGGCUCAGUGAUAUUUCCUGUGAUGGAGAUGAGUCAGAUCUCUGGUCAUGCAGGCACAUUGGGUGGGGAAAUAACUUCUGCAGUCACCAUGAAGAUGUUGGAGUGGUUUGCUCUGAUGCAUCGGAUAUGGAGCUGAGGCUUGUGGGUGGAAGCAGCAGGUGUGCUGGAAUAGUUGAGGUGGAAGUCCAGGGAGCCGUGGGAAUUUUGUGUGCUAACAACUGGAGAAUGAACAUUGCUGAAGUUGUUUGCAGGCAACUUGAAUGUGGGUCUCCAGUCAGUGUCUCCAGAGAGGCUCAUUUUACAAGAAGAACACUGCGCAUCUCACUAUCUAAUUCUCGCUGCACUGGAAAGGAAGCCUCUAUCUGGGAUUGUGUACGAUGGGAGUGGAAACAGACCAUUUGCCCUUUAAAUAUGGAAGCAAGUUUGAUCUGCUCAGCCCACAGGCAGCCCAGGCUGGUUGGAGCUGAUACGCCCUGUUCUGGACUUGUUGAAGUGAAACAUGGAGACACAUGGGGCUCUGUCUGUGAUUCUGAUUUCUCUCUUCCUGCUGCCCAUGUGCUGUGCAGAGAAUUAAAUUGUGGAGAGGCCAUAUCUCUUCCUGUGGGAGCUCACUUUGAAAAAGGGAAAGGUCUAACUUGGGCCGAAAAGUUCCAGUGUGAAGGGAGUGAAACAUACCUUGCAUUAUGCCCCACAGUUCAACAUCCAGAAGACACUUGUUUCCACGGCAGAGAAGUUGGAGUUGUCUGUUCUCGAUAUACAGAUGCCCGACUUGUGAAUGGCAAAUCCCAGUGUGAGGGUCAAGUGGAGCUCAAGGUGUUUGGCUAUUGGGGCGCACUGUGUGACACCCACUGGGACCUAGAAGAUGCGCAUGUUCUAUGCAGACAGCUCAGCUGUGGGGUUGCUGUCUCAACCACAGGAGGAAAAUAUAUUGGAAAAGGAAGUGGUCGUGUCUGGGGACACCGUUUUCAUUGCUCAGGGAAUGAGUCAGUUCUGGAUAGCUGUCCAAUGACAGUUCUUGGAGCACCUCCCUGUAUCCAUGAAAAUACUGUCUCUGUGACCUGCACAGGAAACCUGACCCAGCCAGUGUUUCUAUGCCCUGCAAAUUUAUCUGACCCAUACUUGCCUGCAGUUCCGGAGGGUGGUGUUUUCGUCUGCUCAGAGGACAAGCAGCUCCGCCUGGUGGACGGGGACAGCCGCUGCGCCGGGAGAGUGGCCAUCUACCACGACGGCUCCUGGGGCAGCGUCUGUGACGACGGCUGGGGCCUGAGCGAGGCCCACGUGGUGUGCAGGCAGCUGGGCUGCGGCAGGGCCCUCAACGCCACGGUCUCCGCUCACUUCGGGGCGGGGUCGGGGCCCAUCUGGCUGGACGACCUGAACUGCACAGGAACGGAGUCCCGCGUGUGGCAGUGCCCCUCCCGGGGCUGGGGGCAGCACGACUGCAGGCACAAGGAGGACGCAGGGGUCAUCUGCUCAGAAUUCACAGCCUUGAGGCUCUACAGUGAAACGGAAACGGAGAGCUGUGCUGGGAGAUUGGAAGUCUUCUAUAAUGGGACCUGGGGCAGCGUUGGCAGGAGGAACAUCACCACAGCCACAGCCGGGAUUGUGUGCAGGCAGCUGGGCUGUGCAGAGAAUGGAGUCGUCAGCCUCGCCCCUUUAUCUAAGACAGGCUCUGGUUUCAUGUGGGUGGAUGGCAUUCAAUGUCCUAAAAUGCAUAUCUCCAUAUGGCAGUGCCUGUCUGCGCCGUGGGAGCGAAGAGUCUCUAGCCCAGCGGAAGAGACCUGGAUCACAUGUGAAGAUAAAAUCCGAGUGCGUGGAGGGGACACGGAGUGCUCUGGAAGAGUGGAGAUCUGGCACGAAGGCUCCUGGGGCACGGUGUGCGAUGACUCCUGGGACCUGGCCGAGGCGGAGGUGGUGUGUCAGCAGCUGGGCUGCGGCUCUGCCCUGGCUGCCCUGAGGGACGCUGCGUUCGGCCGGGGAACUGGACCCAUCUGGUUGGACGAGAUGCAGUGCAAGGGGAAUGAGUCAUUUCUAUGGGACUGUCGUGCCCAACCCUGGGGACAAAGUGACUGUGGACACAAGGAAGAUGCUGGUGUGAGGUGCUCUGGACAGUCACUGAAAUCACUGAACGCCUCCUCAGGUCACUCAGCACUUAUUUUUUCUGGUGUCUUUGGGUUCCUUCUCCUGGUUCUGUUUAUUCUAUUUCUCACGUGGUGUAAAGUUCAGAAACAAAAACAUCUGCCCCACAGAGUUUCAUCUAGAAGACGGGAUUCUCUUGAGGAGACUUUAUUCCAUGAGAUGGAGACCUGCCUCAAGACGGAGGACCCACAGGGGAUAAGAACCUCAGAUGACACCCACAACCGUGGUUGUGAAGAUGCCAGCCACACAUCACUGUUGGGAGUUCUUCCUGCCUCUGAAGCCACAAAAUGACCUUAGGCUUCCAAGUCUCACCAGAUCAACUUCUAAAUGUCUUUGAAGGAGACAGCAACUUUUAAAUGAGUAAAGAGGAAGUCAAGUUACCCUAUGGAAGACUGGUCCAAAUAACAUUUCUUGAAAAAUAGAACAGCUAAGUUAAUAAAGACUGGUGAUAAUAAAAGUUGAAUUAUGUGUAUCACUGUUAAA